CGAUGAAAUCUGUUCAAGUUCUCACGCAUUUUGUAUAUUAGGACUUGAGAUCUUAUAAUCCACAUCCAGCAGCGCCAAGACGUCAAGACUGCUCUUUGCAUCAACCAUGGCUCCCUUCCUUCUGUUGUUCGUUGCCCUGGCAACGGGGUCCCCAGUGAAGAGGCAGACAACCGGUGGGCUGGAUGCUAAUGGGGACGGACUGAUCUCCUAUGAUGAAGUCUUCAACACCAUGUCCCUGCACGAGGCUCUUGUCGCCCUGGACACAGACGGCGACGGCUUCAUCUACCUGCCGCAGAUCAUCGGACUGUGGGGGGUAGGAGACAAGUUUUACGAACUGAACGUUGACGGCGACGAUCACCUCACCUUCCGGGAGAUCGAAAAUCAAAUGAGCCUGCGGGACUUCUUCAAUGAGUUCGACUUCAACAAUAACGGGACUCUGGAUGCUGCUGAGGCUUACCAGAUGAACUUCAUCUACGACACCAUCAACAACCCGACGUUUGGAAACCCCCUGGAUGCCAACGGAGACGGAAAACUGUCCGUGCUCGAAGUCCAGUCGAUGAACUAUGACGAGGUUUUGGUAGCUUUGGACGCUGACGGCGACAUGUUGCUGACUCACGAUGAGCUGAUGGUCCUGUUUGGCGGUCUAACCGCGGAGUUUAUCCAUGACCAGGAGGGGCGCGACCACGACGGGGUGUUGGACUUUCAAGAAGCCGAAGCUCACCACAUGGACGUGGAAAAGGUCUUCGAGAUACUCGAUCUAGACGAAAAUAACUACCUAGAAAAUGGGGAAGGAGCCGGAUUCUACACCAUAUGGGAAGUCCACUUGAAUUCCGCCAACUCCGCCACAGCCUAAGAAAAACCAUCUGGCUACCCGACUGCAGAUACCACCAUCAGAAAGGCAUGAAUAGAUUAAAACAAUGAAUAUGAACUACAAAGCUUG